AGUUAAACACGUGUUUAGGAAAUGUCUCUUUCAAUGUUAAGUCGAUUCCCUCUUCGGAGAUUUAGAUUAAAUACUGGGAAUAUACACGAAAAUUUGGGGAAAUGUUUGAGUAAUGUGAAGUUAAAUGAUAUUCAGAGACGAACUCUAAAGUUUGAUUAUGAACGAGGAAUUACAGUUCCUUGUCCUUUGACGCGAAGAAGUAUUUGUUUGGAAAUACCAAAGAUGAUAUUGUGCCGAAACUAUAAGAAAUAUCUGAGGAGAAGAAAGAAACAACAACAAGCAUUAAAAGAAGAAGAAAACGAAAAGGAUGAUGAUCUUUUUGAAGGACUUUCUGUUGCCACUCGCAUGAUUUUGAAUAAGGAAAACAUUAGAAAGGAGCCAAUGAUGGAAUCAACCGAAAUCUCAAGGCCAAACAUUGAGGGUCAGCUUGGACUUUCUAAUGUCUUUUAUGAAAGUGAUGCAACACAAAAGCUACUUAAAGCUUAUGAAGAAUUAAAUUUUACUGCAGACCAGACUGAAAGCUUUUUACAUAAACUACGACUGAGUAUAAAAACUUAUGAAGAUCCACAAAAGAAAAAACCUUUCUCAGUUGGGGAACCAGACCCUUCCAUCGAGGCCAGUAACGUGAACUGUCCCGGGUGUGGAGCAACAUUACACUGUCAGGAUCAGAAUCGCCCAGGGUAUAUAAGCAGUAAAAAAUUUAAAUCUUUAACUCUUGAAAGAAUGGAGAAAACACUUUGCUUUCGGUGUUUGUUAAUGAAAUAUCACAAACAUUGUUUAAACAUGAAAAUUCCUAUCGAAGGUUAUCCUCAAAUCUUAUCUAAAAUCCACGACUCUCGUGCUAUUGUGCUGUUCACCGUUGAUCUGUCAGAUAUCAAUAACAGUAUGCUAAAUCAUAUAUUACCCAUUAUUGGUCGUAAAAGACCAGUUUAUAUCAUUGGAAAUAAGGUUGAUCUCAUCCCGAUGGAUUCUCCACUUUAUCUAAAAAGGCUGAAGAAAUAUUUAUUCACAGCUUGUUCCCAAGCUGGUUGGAAUCCUUCCGGUUACAACAUUAGACAUAUAGAAUUAGUUAGUGCAAAGACUGGUUAUGGUAUUGAAAAUCUUAUAGACAAACUGUUCGACGAUCAUGGAAAGAAUGGUGAUGUUUAUCUUGUGGGAAGCAGUAAUGUUGGAAAGUCAUCUAUCUUCAACAUAUUGUUAGAGUCGGAUUUCUGUAAAUCUCAAGCACGCGAAAUUUUCCAAAAAGCAACCGUUUCUGUUUGGCCAGGCACCACUUUAAAUUUACUAAAAUUCCCAAUUUUAUCACCAACAUCAGAACAGAUGUAUAAACGUAAAGCAAGACUUCAAGAAGAUACAGAGGUGAUUGAAGAAAUGGAAAUGCGUCAAAGAAUCAGAUUAGAAAAAUAUGGAUCGAGUGAUAAUGCUAUUUUGAGAGGACUGGUUCGAAUGACACAGUUUGUCACUCCUCCUGACAACGAAUAUGAAGGCUUUAGUGUUACCUCCUACACAGCUAAGCCAGACGCCUCGAUUACACCAUCAGAACUUGAUACAAAAUUAGAAUCUGAAAAAGCUAAACGACUCGAAAUAUUUAAAUCAACCUUGGAACAGAGUCGUUGGCUUUAUGACACACCUGGAGUCAUAAAUACACAACAGAUUACAUCAUUUCUGAAUCCUGAGGAACUUCAAAUCCUGUUGUCAUGUAAAAUGUUCCGACCACGCACUUUUGUGCUGAAACCAAAUCGAGCAAUGUUUGUGACUGGACUUGGUCGCAUCGACUAUGUCGAGGGUACAGAAAAUGUUCUCCUUACUGUUAUAAAUAAUAUUAAAAUUAAGGUUCAUGUCAUGGAAAUAGAAAAAGCUGAAGAUUUCUACAAAGAAAAUAUUGGAAAAGAUGUGCUUCAGAUUCCUUUAGGAGAUGAAGAUAGACUUCGUCUAAUCCCACCCUUAGUUGGGAAAACUUUCCAUUUAACUGGCACUGGUUUUAAAAAAACAGUCUGUGAUAUUGUUUUGUCAUCAAUUGGCUGGGUUGGUGUAAGUACGAAAUCCGGACACUCUUUUACGUUGCGUGCUUAUACUCCUGGCGGUCAUGGUUGUCUCACCCGACCUGCUUUGUUGCCCAAUGCUAUCAACUUGAAACAAAAGCGCAUUCGUAACAAACCAGCUUAUAAGAUUUCCAAAUGUCUUUCUCUCAUCAAACUACCUCCAAUAAAACGUUCGCACUUGUAGUUCUGAUCGUUAAGUUACAUGAACUUAUGAGGACAAAGAUCGUUGCUCAUGAAAGAGAUCGUUCUUCCUAUUUUCUGAAUACACUGAGAUUUUGCAAAAUAAACUUGUUAAAAAUU